UCACGCGGAGAAGCCGAGAUGGACACACGGAGGCGCGCGACCCCAUCGGCAGAUUCGCCGCCACGGCACCGCAAGCCCGGACGGCUAUAAAGACGAUCCCCACCUCGAAGCCGACGGCGAUGAAGAAGACAAGUUCCCCGCUCCUCCAACCUCGUAGCCCUCUCCUGAUCCUCCUCCUCCUGACAGCAGCAGCAGCCAUGGCGGCCGAGCCGGAGCAGAACGCGGCCCCCGCGGCGGCGGCGCAGGAGGCGGCCGUGCACAUCGUGUACGUGGACCGCCCCGAGGGCGCCGACCCGGAGGAGUUCCACCUCCGCACUCUCACCCCCGUACUCGGCAGCGAGCAGAAGGCCAAGGACGCGGUGCUCUACCACUACAAGCACGCCGCCAGCGGGUUCUCUGCGAAGCUCACCCCCCAGCAGGUCGAGGAGCUCAAGAAGCAACCAUGUGUUCUUCAGAUUGUGCCGAGCCAGACCUACCAUCUCCAUGGACCUGAAUCUGGCACUCACCAGGGCACGACGCGCACCAUGGGCCUUAUGUGAAGGCAUAACCGAGAGGACUCGGUCCUAGUAUGGCAGCGGCCUGACUAGUGAAUGUACAAUAUAUGAAUAAAGAGAUGUAUCGCCUGUACCUACUUCUACACAGGUUCAGGCCUGUUCUGAAGUGCGCAAUGCUGUGAUGCGUACAUCUUUGCUUCAUGCAAUGGCAGACUAACUAUAUUAUCUAGAUUCAAAGGCCUUUUAUGAAUCUUGAAGAGCUGCA